AAAUCUAAACUGAGCAAUAAACGUGUUUGCCGGAUAUUUAUAGGAAAGUAUGUUACCUAGCCAAACCCCAUUGCUUUAUGUAUAGCUAAUAUCUAAUAAAUAUAUGGUGAAUGGAUAGAAAGAUAAGGGGGGUCCACGUAUCACGGAACCCCAACUAUUUGCGCAUGCGUGGUGGACGUCAAGACUUCAAUAACACUUCCAUAAAACGAUAUACUUGUCCAACUAUUAUCUCUUAGUUUACUGCUUUAGCGGUCUUUGGUGUAACUUGCAGACAGAGAGAAGCCAAAGGCACAAUGGCACUUGAACUCAGGAAGGAGGAAACUCUCGAAAAGAGGAAGAGAUUAAUCGGGCAGUCGUGCAGGCUCUUUUAUUCAGACGACCCUGUGAAAAUUGUCAGAGCCAGAGGACAGUAUCUUUUCGAUGAGAAUGGCAAGCGCUAUCUGGACUGCAUCAGCAACGUUCAUCACGUGGGCCACUGUCACCCCAGCAUCACUAAGGCCGCAGCUGCACAAAUGGACCUCCUGAACACAAACUCAAGAUUCCUGCAUGACAACAUCGUCCUGUAUGCAGAGCGCCUGGCUGCCACCCUGCCCGAGAGACUGUGUGUCUUCUACUUUGUCAACUCUGGCUCAGAGGCCAAUGAUCUCGCCCUGCGCUUGGCACAGCAGUACACCCAGCAUGAGGACGUCAUUGUGCUUGACCAUGCAUACCACGGGCAUCUCAAGUCCCUCAUCGACAUCAGUCCUUACAAGUUCCGGAAACUGACUGGACAGAAAGAAUGGGUUCACGUGGCCCCCUUACCAGACACCUACAGGGGCGUGUACAGAGAGGAUCACCCCGACCCGGGCCAGGCGUAUGCGGAUACAGUGAAAGACCUAAUAGAGGAGGUGCACAGAAAGGGUCGUAAGAUCUCCGCCUUCUUCGCUGAAUCAUUGCCAAGCGUGGGAGGGCAAAUCAUCUUGCCCCAUGGGUACUCAACUAAGGUUGCGGAGUACGUGCGCUCAGCUGGUGGAGUGUUUGUGGCAGACGAGGUGCAGACAGGCUUUGGAAGACUGGGGAGUCACUUCUGGGGUUUCCAGCAGCAAGGGGAGAGUUUCUGUCCCGACAUAGUGACCAUGGGCAAACCAAUGGGCAAUGGGCACCCCCUGGCAUGCGUGGCAACCACUGAAAAGAUAGCUGGAGCUUUUACAGCCAACGGAGUGGAGUACUUCAAUACGUUCGGAGGGAACCCGGUGUCCUGUGCAAUUGGCCUGGCAGUCCUCGACGUGAUAGAGAAAGAGGACCUUAGAGGAAACGCCACACGGGUGGGAGCACACCUUAAAGAUCUGCUCACAAAGCUACAAACACGACAUCAAAUCAUUGGUGAUGUCAGAGGUGCGGGACUGUUUGCAGGGAUCGAGCUGGUUAAAGAUAGGGAGAAGAGGACUCCUGCCACAGAAACAGCAGCAUUGCUGGUGAAGAGGUUGAAGGAGGAGGAUAAAAUCUGUGUAAGUACAGAUGGCCCCUGGGAAAGUGUUGUGAAGUUUAAACCUCCCAUGUGCUUCAGUAUGGAGGACGCAGAUCUGGUGGUACAAUGCAUCGACCGCAUCCUCACAGACAUGGAAACCAGUGACCUUAAACCGGAAAAGGAAGACAUCUAAGGAAGGGGGAGUGAGGAGAUGCAAGAGGUCAUCUUCCUGAUUAUACUAAGCCAAAUUGGAGUUUACAUGUUUAAAGUCAUGCAAGCACAUGAUGACCAGCCGGGCGAUGACCAAUAUAAGAUGAUGCCAAUAUGACACUAAACUUAUAUAUUUUUAAAAAAAUAAAACUGAACUUUUUAAGGCCUUGACUCUUGCGUUCUUUUUACCCACAGUAGUGAUAUAUAAUUUGUCCCAACUUACAACACUGAUCAGCAACAUGUUCUUAAUACACAGUAUGGUUGAGUCAAGCACUUACCAGACCACUAUCUUUAACUCCUGGACACAUUUCACAAAAUUGCUCAAGUAUCGCAGUUUCACAUCUAGUGGGGUGGGUAUUAACACUGAGCCAGCAGUUAUCCUGCAGAUACUGUAGCACUCUCCCACGGCUUCCCAGAGAGGCAUCCGUAGAGAUGUUAACAUUACUCAAGACAAAACAAGCAAGCCAUUUAGCAGUACAAAACAUUUAACAUUAACUUUACAAAUAAUAACAAAAAGAUCCAUGUGUAAUAUAAACCAAAAGUUUAUUUCUACCAAUUUGCCCAAGACACUAGAGGAAUGAGUUUCCAGUGAGAGAGGGAGUACCCUCGUACAUUAACAGGCUUGCGUUCAGUUGAGUUACACUAGUAAAGCCACUUAAAAUUGCAAACAUGAUGGGGGAAGAAUCUCCUUAAAAGCCAAAAGAAAAAAAAAAAA